UCGGGCAAAACGCUGUUAUCGCCCGUCCCCAACCUCGCCCGAAACGUCUUCAUCGUCGGCCCUUUUGUUCUUGUGGAACCCUAAAACACCCUCAAAUCUCUCUCUCUCUCUCUCUCUUCGAUUUCAGCGCUGAUAAGGAGCCGAUUCCAAUCCCACCGCCCUUCGAUUCGUCGGUUCUCCUCCGAGAUCCCGCCGGUACGAGGAGGUCGGGAUCUGUCGGAUCUCAACAGGAGCCUCUAUUGAGGUUCCAAUCGUUGAAGAUUCCAGACUUGGAGCAUAUUGUUUCUUUUCAUCUCUGAACAUGCAAUUAGCCUUGGAAAUUCCUCUCUCCCUCUCUUGACCUCAGCUCCAUCUAUUCUUUGCUUGGAAAUUAACACAAUGAAUUCGCAACAAGGCAGGCCAUCUGCCAAUGGAUAUAACCAUCGUAGAGUUGAUACAGUGACAGGUUCAAGGAUGGACAGUAAGAUGCAAUCAAGAAAGUCAGCCUUCCCUAGUUUUGGUUCAUCAAAUGGGAUCAAGGCAGGAAGGGUUACUAGCCCAUCACGGGAUCGACUAACAUAUGUUUUGACAUGUCUUGUUGGUCAUCGCGUGGAAGUUCAUGUGAAAAAUGGUUCUAUAAUCUCGGGGAUCUUUCAUGCAACAAAUGCUGAUAAAGAUUUUGAAAUUGUUUUGAAAAUGGCUCAAGUCGUUAAUGAUGGUUCAGUCAGAGAGCAGAAGUCUGUCCAUGAUACUAUCAAAACACCUCAGCCAAUGAUCAUACCUGCACGAGAACUUGUCCAAGUUCUUGCAAAGGAUGUGUCACUAAGUAGUGAUGAAUUUACCAGUGGGCAUGCACGUGAGAAGAGAAAAGACCUCAUGAUAGAUUCUGUUAUUUCUCAUUCUCAUCAUAUGGAGAUGGAGAGACAGCUGGCACCAUGGAUGCCUGAUGAAGAUGAUCCUGAUUGUCCUGAACUGGACAAUAUAUUUGAUGGAACAUUGGAUAGGAACUGGGAUCAGUUUGAAACAAAUGAGACUUUGUUUGGAGUUAAGAGUACCUUUAAUGAGGAACUAUAUACUACUAAGCUUGAAAGAGGUCCCCAAAUGAAAGAGCUUGAAAGAGCAGCUUCAAGAAUAGCUAGAGAAAUAGAGGGAGAGGAAACCCAUGAUUUUCAUCUAGCUGAGGAAAGAGGCUUUUAUUCACAUGAUGAUUUUGGCCUUGACGAGGAGAGCAAAUAUUCAGCUGUACGUAGGGAAGCCAAUGAUAGUGGAUUUAGAGAAAAAAAGAAAAGUGGUAAUGAAGCACAGGCAUCAUACGUUGAAACUCAAGCUACCAGUUCAUCAGUGGAUGAGGAGAUGGAUUUGCACUUUCUUGCUGAUAAGGAUUUAGGUCUCUCUUCUGUUAAUCAUAAUACUGAGCUAAUGUCCAAUUCUAUUUCAUGGAGUUCCCCAUCCUUGGAUGUUGAUAUCAGGCUGGAUGCAAACCAGAUUAAAGAUCAAGUUGGCAAGGAGUGUAUGGCUAUUCAGGAGUCUCAAGCAUCAGAUGAUAAGCAUCUAUCAACAGAAUCAGAGGGGUUAUCUUUAAGUGCCACUUUGUCUGAUCCUUCAUCUUGCAAUCAAGGAAAUAUAAUUACUGAACCUUCAGAUUCUCCGGUACUUGGCAAAUUACCUGCUGCUUCCAAACCUAUUGAUCCCCCUAUACAACUUGGUGGUUCUGCGGAACAUGCAUGUGCUGACUCAGCAUUAAGUCAUCCUUGUUUAUCACCGAGCUCUUCUUGUGGAUCAUUAUCUUCAGAUAAAUCAACACUUAACCCAAAUGCUAAGGAAUUUAAGCUCAAUCCGAAUGCUAAGAGUUUUACCCCAUUAUCUUCUAUGAGGCUGCAUACAGCAGUAUCUGAUGGAUCAAUUUAUUACCCUAGUAAUGCAACUGCUGUUCCACAUAUGCAUGGUCUGCCUAUAGGUGUGGGGGUUGGUCCAUCAUUUGGCCAUCAGCCUGUUCUUUACAAUCCUCAGGCUGCACCAAUGCAAUCAUCCCAGGCAUAUGUCCACCCUAGUGGACCAAUGUAUGGACAGCAGAUGAUUGUUGGGCAGCCUCCACAAUUUUAUUAUGUGCAGAGCUAUCCACCCGAAAUGCCACAGAAAGGCAGAAAAUUCUAGUACAUGAUUUGACCUCAAGCGAUUUCAAUGGCCUGUAAUCUGCGAUUACUGAAGAAUCGGCGAAAGAACAAUUGCUUUGGCGUGUCGGUGAAGAUUGCCGGGAUGGGAGUUGAUUGACUUCAUCAAUCUCGAGAAACGUUUUAUGAUAACUUUUCAUGAUUGUAAAUCCCUACAGAUCACAUUUGUUCACAAGACUUGGACAAGAAGUUUGGAUGUCAAACUGCUUCAGAGGCAGAUCAACUAGAUCUUCUCUGUAACAAUACCUGCUGCUUUGUUUUCGAGGAUCACUGGUUUGUAAGAGCUGAUCCAAAUAAACCGAGCAACAAAAACCAAAAACCUACCUUGGAGAUUCA